UGCCUCGAUUCUCAAAUUCUGAAGAAUCUGAGAAAUCACAGGAGAUAUUAAUUCAUGAUGGACUUCUUCUUGAGGUUAAUUUUAACCUCGGGGAAAGUAAACAGUUGCAGGUACAACAGGUUGACAUACGACGCGACAAAGAAGGGCCAAUCAAUAGCAACAGAUCAUGCCAUGAUGAAAUCGAGCUUUCCAUUCAAGGAUGCAUGACGCAAGAAGAGAAGGAUGUCAUGCCUGAGUCACGGUACAUUGGGAGAUCACGGAGAGUUGGCAUUAUAGACAACUUGGAAGCAGUUAAUGAAGAACCUGAGAUCUCGAUGCAUGCUAUGGCCGGAAUCAGAGGGCCAAGAACGAUGCGACUACCAGCAUGGGUCAAGGAUCGAAGGGUAAUCGUACUUGUAGACAACGGGUCAUCACAUAAUUUCAUCAAUGCUGAUUUGUCUCAAAAGUUGAAUUUACCAACCACAAAAAUCGAGCCCUUUGAUGUACGAGUGGCCAAUGGAGAAAGGCUACAAUGUACUGAGUCAUUUUGGAAGGUGCCAAUCAAGUUCAACGGAGCUACAGUUGAGGCUGACCUCUAUGCCUUACCUUUGGUUGGACCGGAUGUCGUUCUGGAAGUACAGUGGCUCGAAGGGUUAGGCAAGGUGACUACCGACUAUCAAACGAGAAUUAUGGAGUUCAACUCUGGAGGUCAACAAGUCACUCUGAGUACUGGCAAUGAAAAAGGUACCAAGGAGGUAGGACUUAAGAGCACUGAAAAACUUCUCGAGGAAUUUGAGGGAGUACUGGGCGAGCCUAAGGGACUACCACCACACCGAGAGUUCGAUCAUCGCAUACCCCUGAUCAAUGAGCAGCAUGCCAUACAUGUCCAUUCUUAUAGGUAUGCUCACUUUCAGAAAACUGAGAUCGAACGGCAGGUGGUCGAGAUGCUUGAGUCAGGACUAAUCCAGCAUAGCAAUAGUCCAUUUUCUUCUCCAGUCCUGUUAGCUAAAAAGAAAGAUGGUACGUGGAGGUUCUGUACUGACUAUCGAGCUCUGAAUGCCGCAACUAUCAAGGAUCGAUUUCCCAUUCCGAGCGUCGACAACAUGCUCGAUGAGUUAGCUGGAUCACGUUACUUCUCAAAGCUCGACCUGAGAGCUGGUUAUCAUCAGAUUCGACUCCACAAGGCUGACAUUCCGAAGACAGCAUUUCGUACGCACCAUGGGCACUAUGAGUAUCUGGUUAUGCCAUUCGGAUUGUGCAACGCCCCAUCCACUUUUCAGUUUGCUAUGAAUUCCAUCUUCAAGGAGUAUCUACGUAAGUUCGUUCUGGUAUUCUUUGAUGAUAUUCUGAUUUAUUCGAAGUCGUGGGGAGAGCAUCUUGAGCAUUUGAGAGUAGUGCUCAAAAUCUUGGAGGCCAACUCAUUUCACAUCAAGCCAUCCAAGUGUUCAUUCGGGCAGAAGAUGGUUGAGUAUCUGGGGCAUUUCAUAUCCCACGAGGGCGUGAAGGUUGAUCCACGAAAGAUUGAGGCUAUGAUCGAUUGGCCUAAAUCGACAAGUCUCACACAACUAAGGGGAUUUUUAGGACUCACGGGCUACUACAGAAAGUUCGUAAAGGAUUAUGGGACCAUCGCCAAGCCACUGACAGAGAUGACUAAGAAAGACGGGUUCACAUGGACCGAAGCUAGCGAGGAGGCGUUUGGGAAACUGAAAGUAGCCAUGACUACAACGCCAGUGCUCGCCAUGCCAAG